ACUUACAACUUCUAUCCAAUUCUCCUUAAGAAAUACUAAUACUAAUACUAUACCGGCUUCGGUGCUGAUAUAGUAAACCACAUCGAUACGCAUGGCCUCAUAGACAAUAAUACAUAUGAUAUUACCAACAAUGCCGCAAUGUCGCUUAAUCAAGCCAAUACGUCGGCGGCACGCUUGCGAUCGCUACGCGUCCCCGCCAAAACAACCUUGACCGCCCCUCAGUCUGGUCCAACAUCUAUCGCAUCUGCUCAAAUACCUUGCACUACCUUGAACGUCUCUUUAUUCCUUACGAACCUCCGUCUGCUGGACCUCGAUCACGAGUCGGAUUGGCCCGGUAUUACCCUAGCGACCUUCUCUACUAAGGAUGCCGCUGGUGGACAGAAGAAGCGGAUUCAAUGUGUCGAAUGGGCCCUAUACCAACUAUUUACACUAUGGGAUCACGAUGAAGCUCAAAAUAAAUUGCGACCGUUCUACCCUCCCCUCGACCAAGUCCAAUCCGUCAACCUACGAGCGGCCCUCCUCCGAGGCCUCGAGCAAGCCAAGAAAAAUGGUGUUCUCGGUCGGGAUGCGGUAAUACGAAAGACAAUGUUGGACGAGUGUAAGGGCGAGCGACUCGAAGAAGUUCUUGCUGUCUUUUCCUCGGCAGUAUUGAAGAAAUUAGUGGCAGAGCGUGCGCUGAACGCGGGACCUGAGUACCGUCCUGCUAUCUCCGAAAGCCUAUCACUAGAAAAUUGGGGUUAUUCAGGCGAUCGAACUGAACUCAAUGCGCUACUACUUGCGCAUAAAGUUUCUCUGCGAUCCCUGUUAGAGAAGAAGAAUGCGGCACGAGCGAAGUACCGCGAUUUUGAAGAAUUAUUAGCAUUAAAGGAGCGAGGAAUCGUCCGACGAAAGGAACAAUUGAAAGUCGAAGCCGAACGAAGCGUGGAUAAGCCGUCGGAAAAGACGAAAGCAGAGAUCACCAAUACUAUCCGGACUAACUGGACCGGAAACGAUCAGUGGGUUGAUAGUCUGCUGUUUAACGACACGAACCCACGCAAAGGCGGACUUCUAGGCAGUAGCUUCGACGAUGUCUGGGCUGGCGUAGAGGAAGGAAGAAUCUCUGAUUUAGAGGACCAGAAUGCUGGCCUCUUGGAGCAGCUAGACAGCCGAGUCCGUCUUCAAAGGGCGAGACUAGAGAAAUGGGACGACUUUCGAAAGAAGAUGUUUGGGAGCCUACCCCCACAACGUCCCCAAGAAGCAAAAGCUACGAACAAGCCGAAAGAUGUUGCACUGAGUUUCACUGCGCAUCAACAGCUAAACAUCGGUCAUAUCGACGUAAAAGACCAAGCGAGCCUUAAUGCGCCGCCUCCACAAUAUGCUAAGAUAAUCAAUAAUAUGAAAGCUGACCUCGAAGCUGUUGGGAAGCCGAAGAUUCCCGACUUUUCGAACUUCUUGAGAGGCUCGAGGAGAGGGCCUGUACCGGAUAGCGUCUCAGAUACUACGAAUCCGCAGCUUACAAUCGAUCCGAUCUCCGAUAUUAGUGAAUGGGAAGAUGAUCCAGAAGAUAAGCCGGAACCGGUUGAGAAGCCUAUCCAACCCAAGCUUGGACGCCAAAACCGUCUUAUGCCUCCCAAGACCAGCUUCGGAACCGGACGGCAGAUACCGAAGCUAUCAUCCGCCGAACCUACGUACGAUCGAAACAAGAAAACAUACCCGAGUCUAGCUCCAGAAGUUGAGACUUCAGAACAAAUCAAGCCAUCUCAGCCACCGAAAUCGACAAGAUAUCUAGGUAGAAGGCAAGAAGCACCUAAAGAAGAUGACAUUCCGCCGGCUUCAAUUUCACACUCUUUUACUUCGCGCGAUCUCUCACCUACCGAACCCGAAGUAUCGUAUCCGAGCCAGGCUGUAGAGUCAAUACCCACACCGUUGACAUCGGUAUCUCCAACCCAAGCUAUGGCUGACGAAAUAUUGGCGUCGAUGUCAAAUGCAUCGCCGUCCCCGGUGAAGAAGCAUCGCCAUACUUUGUCCUUAGCUGAGAGAACUCGUAUGUCGAUGACGCGGAUGACAUCUUAUGAAAAAGAUGAUGACUUCCCUCCAUUAUCUCCCACUAAGGUUACUCUUACCCAAAGUGGCUCAGACGGAUCCUCCAUCCAACCACCAGAAACGGGUGAACAGUACGAAGAUUUGUUAGGACGUACUCGAAGAUCUAUGGUCGGCUACGAAGCCGCACAGGCAAAAGCUCGUUUAGAGAGAAGGCGAUCGCAAAAGAAGAGCAAGCCGGUACCGAGGAAAGAUAGUUAUUUCCCCAGAUUGGAAGAAGAAAGUUUCGCCGACACUUCGAUUGCUGAGGAAUUGAUGGACGGCAACCAAGAAGAUUACGAAGCAGUGUUCAAGAGCAGACCACGCGUACAGACGAGUCCCCUGCCUAGCCCGUCGAAACCGUGGAACGAAUAAUAAUAUGAGUACGAAUUUUAUGUAACGAUGUUUAGAUUAACGGUCAGAAUAUGAUACCAAAUUGAUAUCCUUGGAAUAUAUA